AUGAAACUUAUUUUUUACUUGACUAUCCUAGCUGGGACAGCUUUAUUCACUCACUCUGUGCAGAAAGAGGACCAUGCUCCAUAUAUAGUCUACCUCAAGUCUAACUUCAACCCCUGUGUGGGUGUCCUCAUCAAGCCCAGCUGGGUACUGGCGCCAUCUCAUUGCUAUUUACCAAAUCUGAGGGUGAUGUUGGGAAAUCUCAAAAGCAGAAUCAGAGACGGGACAGAGCAGACAAUUCAACCCAUCCAGAUUAUCCGCUACUGGAACUACAGCCACAGUGCCCCACAGGAUGACCUCAUGCUUAUUAAACUAGCUAAGCCUGCCACCUUCAACCACAAAGUCCAGGUCCUUCCCAUCGCCACUACCAAUGUCCGGCCAGGCACUGUCUGUACACUUUCAGGUUUGGACUGGAGUGAGAACAACAUUGGCAGGCACCCCGACUUAAGGCAGAAUCUGGAGGCUCCAGUGAUGACUGACAAAGACUGCCAGAAAACUCAACAAGGAAGCAGCCACAGAAACUCCUUAUGUGUCAAAUUCGUGAAAAUCUUCAGCCGAAUUUUUGGGGAGGUGGCUGUGGCUACUGUCAUUUGUAAAGGCAAGCUCCAGGGAAUUGAAGUUGGACACUUCAUGGGAGGGGACGUUGGCAUCUACACCAAUGUUUACACCUAUAUACCAUGGAUUGAGAAAACCAUUAAGGAAAGGGUGAAAUGA